AUGGCGAUGGCGAGGCUCCGGGAUUACUGGCCGCUGCUGACCGCGCGGCUGACCGGCGCUCUCCGGGCUCUGCUGUUUUGGACCCUGGUGUAUGGCUAUUGUGGGCUCUGCGCCUCCAUUCACCUGCUGAAACUUUUGUGGAGCAUCGGGAGAGGACCCGGCCAGACCUUCCAGCGGCUCGUGCGGGAGAACCCCCCAGCUUGCUUGAACGACCCCUCCUUGGGAACCCACUGCUACGUGCGGAUUAAGGACUCAGGGCUAAGGUUUCAUUAUGUAGCUGCUGGCGAGAGGGGCAAGCCACUUAUGCUGCUGUUACACGGCUUUCCUGAGUUCUGGUACUCUUGGCGCCACCAAUUACGGGAAUUUAAAAGUGAAUAUCGAGUCGUAGCUUUGGAUUUGAGAGGCUAUGGAGAAACAGAUGCUCCCUCUCAUCAAGAGAGUUAUAAGUUGGACUGCAUUGUUGUGGACAUUAAAGAUAUUUUAGACUCUUUAGGUUACAGUAAGUGUGUUCUAAUUGGCCAUGACUGGGGAGGGAUGAUUGCCUGGCUCAUUGCCAUCUGUUACCCAGAACUGGUGACCAAGCUUGUUGUGAUUAAUUUUCCUCACCCGAAUGUAUUCACAGAAUACAUCCUCUGGCACCCUUCGCAGCUGAUCAGAUCUGGUUACUACUUCUUCUUUCAAAUGCCGUGGUUCCCAGAAUUCAUGUUUACCAUAAAUGACUUCAAGGCUCUGAAACAUUUAUUUACUAGCCAGAGGACUGGCAUUGGAAAGAAAGGGUGCAGAUUAACCCCAGAAGAUCUUGAAGCUUAUGUUUAUGUGUUUUCUCAACCUGGAGCACUGACAGGCCCAAUUAACCAUUUCCGAAAUAUCUUCAGCUGCCUGCCGCUAAAGUAUCAUAAAGUGACCACUCCAACAUUGCUCUUAUGGGGAGAAAGAGAUGCAUUUAUGGAUGUGGAGAUGGCCGAAGUCACAAGGAUUUAUGUCAAGAGCCAUUUCAGGCUGACAAUUUUGUCUGAAGCCAGCCACUGGCUUCAGCAAGAUCAACCUGACAUAGUGAAUAAAUUAAUAUGGACAUUUCUUAAAGAAGAAAUGAGGAAAAAUGAGUAAUUUUAAGGACGAGUGAAAAGUCUGCAAUGGCCAAAAA